AUUCAUCAUCCUCUCCUCACUUUUCGGACCCUCAAUUUUUGUUGUUUUCAGAGAAUUUGCAAUCCCUCCCUCCUUUAGUCUCCCUCCAACCCCGUUUCCCCCCAAAUUAUUAAUUUCUUUCGAAAACCCUAGUUUCCCCCUCUCCGCUUUCUGGAUUCACUUUCCUCGCCUUCUUGCGGCAAUGGAGGAUGGGGAGCACAACAAGCUGUUCGUCGGGGGUAUUUCGUGGGAGGCGACGGAGGAAAUCCUCAAGGAGCAUUUCAGCAAAUACGGCGCCGUUUUGGGCUCCGUAAUUGCUAGAGAUCGGAUUACUGGCAGCCCCAGGGGAUUUGCUUUUGUUACCUUCACUGAAUCUUCCGCCGUCGACCGCGCGCUUCAGGACUCGCAUCAGAUUCUCAGCAGAACGGUGGAAGUGAAAAGGGCGAUACCCCGGAACGAACAGCAAAGUCAGCAACUUCAUCAAAGGGGUGUAAGCAAGAACGUCGGUAGAACCAAUGUUAGGAGCAGCGACCAUCAGUCCAGGACGAAGAAGAUUUUCGUAGGAGGGCUAUCGGCUAACUUAACUCAGGAAGAAUUCCGAAGCUACUUCGAAAAGUUCGGCAGGAUCACAGAUGUAGUUGUGAUGCACGACAACACGACCCAUAGACCGAGGGGGUUCGGUUUCAUCACUUUCGACUCGGAGGACUCCGUCGAGGAAGUUAUGCAGAAUAAAUUCCACGAAUUGAACGGAAAGCAUGUGGAGGUUAAAAGGGCUGUCCCGAAAGACGGAAUUAGCAGUAGCAGCAGCAGUAGUAACGGAUAUAAUGGAAGAUUAUCCAGCGGCAGGGCAGACCAAAACUUCAACUUUUAUCACCAAGGUAAUUACUCGCCGUACAACGCAAGAUUCGGACAUUUCCCGACUGGAUACGGAAAUGUUCCUGGCUACCCAUACGGGGCAGGUGUAUUCGGAAAUGGUUAUCCGUCUGCCGGGUACGGCGGGAUCGGUUACGGGUUCGCGCCGAUUGUCCCAACGGGUCCGUGGAAUCCGGCGAUGGUUGGGGUUAGGGCAGGUUUGUUGCCGUACGGAAAUGCUCCGCCUGUCUACCCGACCUACCCGAACGGCGGGUAUGGGGUGACGGGGUACGGCGGGAUUGUGGGCGCGGAAAUUAGUGGUAAAAUGGGACAAUUGAGCAUUGGAGAUGUGAAUUCGAGUGAGUCGUGGACGCAAUCUGGUAUGAGUAACGUAGAUGUGAAUUCGUUUCGAUCGGGAAGAGGCGGGCGAGGAUCGUCGACGGGAAAACAGAGUCAGAAAGGCAACGAUCGGUCUCGAGAGGUGACUAGUUCUAGCUGAUGUGAUUGUGAAUAUUGACUUGGCUAGGAAUGUCUGUCUUCUUCCACUGACAUCGUCGAGGUAAUGUCAGCUCUCUCAUGUCCAUGUUUUAGAUGCCUUUCUAAUUCUUGGGGAAAGGGGUAAGGGGUAAUUUAAUGGUUACAUUAUCUUAAUAUUUAUUGUUCAAAGUUGAUGAAUUUGGGAUACCCUUUUUACUGUAAUAUAUGUUUUUUUUUUUUGAAAUAUUUGUUGUGCAUCUGCUUUGAUUA